AGUUAAGCAGCUUCCUGUACAUUCAGGAAAAUGUAGCAGUGUACAUUAUAGGCAGGGAUUACCACAGAGUGAGUGAGAAAGAGAGAGAGUGAGAAGGGGAAACAAGUACCAAUUUUCUGCUGAAUAUUUUAACUUCAACUGUUCGUGAGUACUACGAGCAGCAAACAGAGAACACAAGGGGGGCCGAAAUUUGACUUUGCCUUGAAUGGGCUUAAACUUGAGAAGUUGAGCAGUUAAACUUGUUUCAAAGUCCAAUUUUGCUGCUCUUGUGAGCAUUGCAGUGUGAAGUGUGCCGAUGGAAUUGUGAAACUCUUUAAAAUACAUGCCUGUUCCUGCCCUUUUUCUGCCUCAUUCUAUUAUGUACUCUCUGCACUUUUAGAAAUAAACUUCAAGGACUUGGUUUGAUCAACAGUCAGCUGCUGCCAUGCUGGUGUAAAACACAUUUUAAAUACAUUCUUUUUGUUGAUGAAUUGCCAUUUAAUGGUGCCUUUGCAUCCAAACUAGCCACAGCACCUGGAGCCAGCAGGUAGUCUCAUCGCAGGCCUGCUUUGUUAUGAAGUAUAUGCAGCACACAGCAUGGUACAAUCUGGGCUAGCUUCCAUUCCAGCACAUACUGCGAGCUGCCAAGGUCAACAUACAACAGACAGCAUGGACCCCUCAUCAACAUUUUCCACAUCAUUCAAAUCAGUGAAACACACACGUCUUCAGGAAAGGAGAGGCUCAAAUGUAUCUCUUACACUGGAUGUGAGUGCUUUGGGUAACAUAGAACCCAUCAAGUCUACCCCUCGAGAAAUAACUCUACUGUACCUCAAAACCACCAGUUCUGUGUUAAACCAGGAGCAACUCAAGGAAGCCAUAAAUAACACACAAGAACUGGAAGCUGAAUUUUCGCGAAUUCCGCCUAAUUUUAUUGAUGCUGAUGAGUUGAAUAUCCCAGGACAUGCUUCUAAAAACAGAUAUAAAACAAUUUUGCCAAACCCACAGACCCGAGUCUGCCUCAGAUCAGAAGAGAAUGAUAAUCACCUGAAUUCCUAUAUUAAUGCUAACUACGUUCGGGGAUAUGGAGGAAAGGAGAAAGCAUACAUUGCUACCCAAGGCCCUAUGAUAAAUACAGUGACUGACUUCUGGGAAAUGGUUUGGCAGGAUGAUUGUCCAAUUAUUGUGAUGAUUACAAAAUUAAAAGAAAAGAACGAGAAAUGUGUUGUCUAUUGGCCAGAAAAUCAGGACACCUUUGGCAGAUUUGAAAUUAUUGUACACAAUACAAAGGAAUGUGAUGGAUACACUAUUCGGGAUUUAAGUAUUCAGGAUGGGAAACAGUCUAGAAAUGUAAAGCACUACUGGUACUCAUCCUGGCCAGAUCACAAGACUCCAGAUACAGCACAAUCACUCUUGGAUCUCAUACAUGAAGUUGAAGAAAGUAGACAAGCUGCAGGAAACAGGGGUCCCAUUAUAGUUCAUUGCAGUGCAGGGAUUGGGAGGACAGGCUGUUUCAUUGCUACCAGCAUUGGGUGUCAACAGAUAAAGGAGACCAACGAAGUGGACAUUCUUGGAAUUGUGUGUCAGAUGCGGACAGACAGGGGUGGAAUGAUCCAGACAAGUGAGCAAUAUCAAUUCUUGCAUCAAACAUUAUCUCUUUAUCAAAGCAAUCUCUCGAAGAAAUCUGAUUCAACUUCAACUACAAAGUGAAGUGCAUUUCUAUUUAAUAAGACCAUGAUGAAUGUUUCAAAUAAAAUGUAUCUAGACAACAAAAGAGUAUAAUAUCAUGAAUGUGACAGCAGAAAAUAUACUUCAGCAAUUGCAUUACUUUAAUUUUACGGUACAGUAGAUUUCCAUUUAUCUGUAAUGUAAGAUAUUAAAGCUGUGAUCCUUAAAUGUUUAUCAGCGGUUCAAUGGUAUUUCCAACAGCAUUUCAGAAUAAGAUUCUGACCAUUUUUCUGAUUAGAUUUUGCAUAAUGGUUGUCUAUCUUUAACGCAUCACCUUUAUGUUUUAUGCUGUAUUUGCUAUUUAACAAAGCACAGAGAACUCUACAGAAACAUAAAAAGGAUAAAGAUUUAUUUCAUCCAAAUUUAUGCUGUUAAAUCUAAUUCAAAAUGUGUUAAGGUUCCACCAAGUUUUUUCUUAAAUAAUUUGCAACACACCUGACGCCCUGCCUCUAUUUAACUAGGAAGAUUAUUGUAGUACAGAAUGACGUAUUCACGUUUUGUCAGUUCAGCAACCACAUCACUGCAAGUGCCACAAUCAUUAAAGUGCUAUGACAAAAGUGCCUCAACCCAGCUUCAAGGAAAAUCCCAUACAAAACUGCUGUACAGUAGCAGUUAGAGAGCUGUUUUCUUUGAAAGGAGUUUUAUACAUUGAAGAGAGACUUCUGCAAGUUAAAAAAUGGUUGAAUACCAUUCAUUUUCAAUUUUAGUGAUUUAGAGCGCAACAAUAUGACAAUAAUGCAAUAAUUUAUGUACGUGGUCCAAUCAUCAUCACCCUUUCUGUAAUACCGGCAAAAUCUUUCCUUACUCAAAAACCCAGCAUGUCCUGAAAUGUACAUAAAUUUUGUGUGGUGUAUUUGUUUAAUAAGGGAUGACAUUGAAAACAGUUGGAAAACUGAACAAUUAGAUAAAAUAAGAAAGAGUGAGGACUUUGGAAAUUACAUCCUUUCUGUAGCAUUUCAAAUCCCAAAAGGUAUUGUGAAACAUCCACUAAAGCCUAUGUCAAGAGGAUCAAGUUACUUUGCCAACUAUUUGGAUAAACAUUGACUUGUGGCGGAAUUGUUUCGUUUUUUGUAGAGAUGCAUUUCCUCAUCAGUUAAAUAUCAAGUAGCACGGAAGGAAUCUGAAAAUGCCACAUGCUGACCGCUCCCGCCCUGAGACAUAUGUGAAUUUUGCUUGUUGGAGGAGAAGAAUACAAUUGCUGGGUAGGGAGUAAUCACAAGCCACUAAUAACUUGACGACAUUACUGUGUCUGCGAAUUCAUUCAAUUAUUCUCCCCUCAGCAGAAUUUAUGUUUUCACAUUUCAUUUCAAGCAUUAGAACCCACUUGAGCAGAACAGAAAUUUUCAAAUGCCAAGCACCAAUAUUCUAACAAAUGAUGUGAAUACAAACUUACAUAUUUUCCAAUCCAAUCAAGUUGAUGGCUUUAGGCUACAAGUGACUGGAUAUAUUGGUCACUACUUUUAAUGCAGAAAAUUAUUAAACCAUUGUAAUAUGCUAUCGUAUUGUAUUUUCCUGAAUUAUUUGCCAACAGGGCCCUGGGUCAGUUAUUUACAUAUAUUGACAUCUGUUGUCCCCAUGGAAAAUUUAAAAUCCAGAAUUUGGUGGUGUUGGAAAAUUUGAAAAUUGAAAACCUUUCCCUGCCAUCAGUCAGUAUAGCAUCUAAUUGUAGUUACCACAAUUGUUAGUUGGAAUGGACAUCUAGCAUGUUUAUCAGUAAGUGAUGCCAGAAAUUACUGCAGACGUCUCCUUCAAUGUAAUAAUUAUCCUUAACUCUGUCUUCAUUUCAGGUAAAAUUUAGCUUCAUUUCAUAAUUUUAUAUGUUUUUUAGUAAAUACCAGAAUAAAUGGAAAGUUAUUGUAAAUAAUGCAUUGCAACUUCCAAAAUGGAGACCAAUUUAUUUUUAUACGUACUUUUCAUAUUGCAAAUUAAAAUAACAACA